GUUUACUCCAUAUGAAAAAAAAAACUCUAUAAAAAAAAAAUAAAAAAAAUAGUUUGUUGUAUAUGUCUUGUUUACGACUAUGCUCCGUGAUAAGUGAUAACGACUAACGUCCCUCAAACUUCGUAGCAUUAUUGAUUUAUUGAGGCCCGCAAGAAUUUAAUUAUCUACCGUACAUCAAGUAUUAAUGUUUAAUUAUUAUGGAAAUAAAAUGCCAAUGGUGUCAUUAUUCAUUACUGCCUUUAUAGCUUAUUCACAAAUGUUUCUAUAGCCUUUGCUCAAUAGUCUAUUGAUAAUAUUUCCAAAUUAUAUCAUUGAAGUUGUAAUUUUUCUAUUUAUCCUCAAGCCCCGGACACUGAAUCAUUUAUACUACGGUUUUUUUGUGAUUAUUAUCAAAAGACGUGUCAUGUCUACCACAGAGAAUUCAGAGGUCAACACAAAUGAUGUCCCAGUGACUACUAGUACAAGUAACACGACAGUAACAACCGUAGGAGUCAUCAGUACUACUACUCCUGAUCUUAAAUCACAAGAUGUGUGCAUAGCAGAAGGAUGUAAUAAUGCAGCUGUUCAACAUCCAGAAUGGGACAAUGAAUAUUGCAGUGUUAGUUGUACAUAUAAGCAUUGCAAAGCCACAUUUUUAGAUUGGCUUGCGAAUAAUAGAUACGCCAAAUUAAAAGCAAAGCAGGCGGAUCCGGAUCAAGUUAACUCAGCUGCAACACCUAAUGAAGAACAAUCGACAACUACAUAAAAUGAAGCCGUGUGUUUUCAUUAAUAUGUCUUUUUGUAAAUAAAACAAUUAUUUAUACUACUUCACAUUAUUAUUGAUUAAAAUUCUUUUAUUGUGAACA